ACGAUUUUGCUAAUAUUUUUUUAGUCACAGUGAAAUAUAUCAUGUUUAAAGAUUCAGUUUGGAGCGCGAUGGUCAGCUUGUCUUGUCCAGUGAGCUAACGUUAACUGGACCUCAGUGGUUUGGGCUGAAGUCCGUUAACGCUCCUCUGACAGUGAUGUAUGGCCCCUCGCGGCUCUGAACAUUAAUAACCAGCUGUUAUGAAUUGGCAAAAUCAAUUAUCCUUUGACCUGCAGUCAGGAGUGUUGUUUAAUAACGAAUAAUUGGCGCGAUCAUAGCUGCUUGACAACUGCUGAAGCUGUCUCCGUGAGACCAUGCGGCAUGUAAUAUCGACUGUAAUCUUAUUUUAUUAACCCUUUGAGUGGACCUGUAUCUAGUAGUUAUUUAUUUAUUUUUCGCCGCUGUGAUUUCUGGACUGGCACGGAGGUGUCUCUGAGCUGGUGCUUUCACGCUUUCUUAUUUUCUCAUUUUCUAGCUCUUAUUUUCACGCUCGCUUACUGUCACUCGAACUCGAUUACAGCUCAAGUGUUGAAGUGUUUUCUGACUGAAUAGCUGCCUUGUAGAGCGACUCUUUACCUGUCAGUGGAGAGCAGGAUUAUACGUUUAUUAAUCCCCGAGAGGAGGAUAUUUGCUUGCAAGACAGCAGCAAUAAUCAUCAGGGAUACGGUACACAAUACCAAACAGGCACUAUGCGAGGCUAGAUUGAUGCCACUUUCUCCACAUUGGCUGGCUCUGUGUUUCACAGUGUCUUCCUGAGGAAAUAACUAUGCAUGUUGAUGGUGGGCGACCAUGGAGGGAUCUUAUAGAAUGAGUGUGAGAGAGCUUUGUGAGACAGAUGAUCUGGCCACGAGUCUGGUGCUGGAUCCCUUACUGGGGUUCAGCACCCAUAAGAUGAACAUAAGUCCUCCCCCUGAGAUCCGGAGAUGGGGUUACCUCAGAGAGACACUUCUGCGCUUCAAACGCACACAUGACUUCCAGGCCACCUUUGAUGCUCUGUUGGAUGGGGAAUGGGUCAGUGGCUAUUUCACUGGGCUGGGUUCACACCGACAGGAGCUGCUGAAGCAGCAUAUGUAUCGCUAUAUGACAGCAUUUCUGUUGGACAGUGGAGUGAACAUCGAGCCAUGUAACCGCUAUUCCUCUGAGACUAAUGGAGCCAAAAUCACAUCCACCCGACACUGGCUUGUGGGAGAGCGGGUGGAGGUCCUGCAGGGCUGUAUAGCUGAGCUGAGCCCUGAGGAUAGUGCCGUCCUCAGAGCAGGAGUGAAUGACUUCAGUGUCAUGUACUCGACGCGCAAGAGAUGUGCUCAGCUUUGGUUGGGGCCGGCUGCCUUUAUCAAUCAUGACUGCAGACCCAACUGUACGUUUGACCCUGGAGAUAAGAAUGGAGCUUGUGUAAAAGUGGUGCGGCCCAUCUCACCGGGGGAGGAGAUUACCUGUUACUAUGGGGACAGCUUUUUUGGAGAGAAUAAUGAAAUGUGUGAAUGUUGCACAUGCGAGAGGAGAGGAGAGGGAUCAUUUAAGAAGAGAGACCAGUCACCAGAUGUGGCUUGCUCUGGGGAUCCUUCAGGACAGAAAUAUGUGUUCAGAGAGACUGACCUAAGGCUUAACAGGAAUAGGGGAAAUGGCACCCCAAAGCCAUUUCUCACUGUAUCAAACUCGGCCUUGCCAAUGAGGAAUACAUAUUCCCAACGGACAAAGAGGAACGCCCUUGUUUUGAGCAAGAUGAGAAAGACUGAUAGGUGGAGGAGGGAGGAGCAUUGCAAACAGGUGGAAAAGAGGACACAAAACCUCUUAUCAUCUUUGCCUCACCUCAAGCUAAAGGAGCUGAGCAUCUGUCUCUAUCAGCACAGCACAAAUUUCCUAUUAAGCUGUAAGGACCCCUUGAGCAAAGAAAGGGCCCUGCUAUACCUAAUUGAGAAAGAGCGACCAAAACCACAGAGGAUCACAAAGAACAGCAAAUCUGUCUCUCCACCUCUCAGUAGUGCUAACAUAAAUGGACCGGAGGAGACGAAAGAUGAGGAUGGAGAAAUGUUAAAUGGAGACCCCGUUAUUAGAUUUAAGCCCUUUACUCUUGGAUGUGUUUCUAGUGUACAUGAAAGAGACAGCAUGAAGGCCAAGGGAGGUAACAUUGAAGCAUCAUCUGUCAGAAUUGUCCACCAGGGCAUUUCCUCAAGGACCAGGAAUAUUCUUCGUAGUCGUCUGAGCAGUCUCCAAGCAAGGAGACGAUCUAAACUCUCCAGAUUCAAGAAAAGGAGGACCAGACUGAUCAAAUCCAAUUCUAAACUCUCUACAGGGCAAAAUGAAUGCUCUGACUCGCAAACACAAGAUGGGAAGCAGCAAAAAGGAAGCGAGGUUGAGUCCAAGGACACUACUAACCCUGUUUUAAUCUCUCCAGGUAAACCAUGUAAUGAUAAACAUGUACACGUUGAUGGAGACGCUGGAACUAACAGUGACAAAUCAUCACAAACAGAGAGCACGGUGAUCAGAGAGACGCAGCAGAGUGUCCUUAGGGAUUGCCUCAGGGAAGUGGCUGGCGACAGGAGACACAUCAGCGGUUCCAUUGCUCCUAGGGCAGGUGAUGUUAGUGCUUGUGUAGCUUCAGAGACCUCAGGGGAUCACAGGCAGUCUGUCUCUUCUAGCGCUGUUAGCGAUACACCCUCCUUGUCUUCACCAUCUCCUAAUAGUCCUGUCUCUUUCCACUCAGGGUUAAAUCGUUACCUCAGAGUCAGUCUGGUCAGGGUGGCUAUCCCAGGAAAGCCAGAGGUUGAAAGUACAGGUCAGAGGGAGGCAGACAGUAGAAGAGACAAGGUUACAGCACCAGCAGCAGCGUCAGUACAGCAGAGCACAAAAUUUAAUGGGAGCAAAGACAGCAAUAGACAAGGUAAGAAAGGGGUGAAGGAGUUGUAUUUCACACCAGUGAAUAUGGAGAGUGCAGAUAAGUACUUAAAAGUAACAUGUGAUUUAGAGACUGGCAUCGACACAGUCACACAACCUGUUGUAAAAGAACUUGUGGAUGUGUAUGGUAAGGAUGAGCAUGAAAUUGAAGGCAAGCAAGAUAAUAAAGUUGUAACGGUCGCAUCUGUUGAAGUUACAAUUCCCAAAAACUCAGAAGUUGCUGUAAUGAAACGGAAAAGAGCAGAUAAGGAUGAGAAACAAACACAGGUUGAACGCAUACCUGAGGUGCAGGAUAAAGAAAGCACGAUCAAGAAGCAGGAAGAAGUAAUUGUUGAAGAAAAUCACUUGAAAAAGAAAGUGGUAACAGCACGUUUUGGUAGCAGGACUGUUGUUGUUAAAGAGGCAAGGGUACUGCUGAAGGAUAUAAGAAAGAAUUUGAGUUGCAAGUUUAGUCAACAAGAUAAGGACGCUAAUGACCAGCGACCUCCGUGCAGUUACAGUGGUAAAGAAGAAGCUGAUAAUAUAAAGACACUAUCACUCACUGACAAUAAAGAGACAAAGGACAAGCAUGAAGCACUUAAUAACGGGAAUGAGAACCCUAAUAAUGGACUCACGGCAGCUGAUCAUCCAAAUAUACAUGGAGAUACUCCAGUGAAACAGCCAAGAAAACACUUUGAUUUCCUCAGAACCUCCAUCCAUGUGCAAGGUUUCUCUGGAUCACAGUCCCCAGAGCAGCAUUCCCCUAAAGAAACGAGCAUUUCGAGAAUCACUUGAUACAGACCCAGAACAGGAUGUUAAUGUACCUGCAACACCGUGUACUGAUGUCAGUAAAGGCAAAGAACCCAUUUUGGACAAUCUGUUGCCUAAGCCAAGCGAAAGCAGCAGUGUGGAUACAACAUUGUUGAAGCGUCCCGAAUCAGAAUCAAGUUUAACUCUCAAAGCCAAUGUUGGCGUUGGGUCCAAAAAGCGUGACUCAUCCAAGUCGAUAAAGACUUUGUCUAAACAAUAUUGUAAAACUCUUCAGAAUGCUCAUCGUGGACCAGGGAGAAGAAAUGUUAGAGUUCCUGAAUACAGAGGUGGCACAAGUAAUGUACAUGUUUGUGAGAGGACAAUCAAUGACCCUAAGCAUGAAACAUCUAAAAUUACAGAAGCAGUCAAUUGCAACAUGGGAGAGGAGAACCAAGCGAAAAGUGACAAAGGAGUAGAAGGAAGAAAUAAAGGACCAGGGGACUGUGAGAUUAUAGAUAAUAUUGAACGUGCCAUCAGUGAUGAGUUGUCUACCUCAAAUGUUUCAGAUAACACGGAAGAAGAGCAGAAGCAUAAUGUCAGAAUCCGCCUUAAGAGGAAGAGGGGAAAGGAGUGGGCAAUGGAGUGUACGGAUGAGGCAAAAAGGUUGUUGCGGACAAGUCAGGCCAACAGCAAUGCUUGGCUUUAGUUGACCCUUUUAGGGCCAUUUUGGAUUCUGUCUCAAUUUUAAAUGCAGAAAUGGAGAGGAUUCGGGGUCAUGGGGAGGCCGAGAACAACGUAGGUUUGGAGAAAGCCACCAAAGCAGUUCAAGACGUGCUGGAGCAUUGCAGAAAAGAAUGUGCAGCUAAGCCAGUUAAAAGACAACAAAACCGAUCAGCUGUUUGCAUUAACAAGAAGAAUGUUAGUACACCAAAAGAAAUUGUUCAAGACAGCAGUGAUGUUACCGACAAGCAACAACAACAGAAAUCAUCUGAUCCAAAAAUUGAGGCAGACAUUGAUGACAUUAAACCGUUACCUCUGAUUAGAUUGUGCAGGAGAGCUGAAGGCAAGUGGGAGGUUGAGUGGAAAGAAGCUCACAAUGAAGAUGGGAGCACUGAUACUGUGCACGGGGAGCCAGAGAAAUUAACAUCUGUCUUCUCUA